AUGAAGGGCUUUAGGCAAAGGGUUCUCUCAAGAGCGAAGGACGGCAACAAGUCAUCUAAGAAGAAAGACUCGACCUCCGGCACCGCUUCCCCUUCGCAAGGCGCCACUGGCUCCCCUGCUGGCUCGGCCAAUCCUACACCGUCCUCGUCACAGACACAGCUUGCAGACGCCCGCAAGAACCAACCUUCCGCGGACGGCCAGCCGAGCAGCGGCUCCCUGCAGCCCGGCCAACAGGGCGCGCCAGGCGCAGCAGGCGGCGCAAUGUUUGGCGGACCUGGAGGCAUGACAGGCGGAGCAGCUGCAGGCGCCGUUGGCGCUGGCACACCUCAUAGAAUGGGACAACCCCUUGUACCCAAUGUCACCAUCAGCCCGAGCGCUCCUCAUAUUCCUCCUCCUGGUGCGGCUGAGACAAUGCCAGGCGACCUCGCUCCUCCCAAAGCCGGCCAGAAGUCGAACGUCUUCGAUCGCCUCCAAGCCACACCCAAAGACAACAUCGAAGGUAUCAGGACGCCAAAGCGACAACACUCGUCCAGAUUUGACAUAUCGGACCAGCGCCAGCGCGAACUGGAGAAGCUGCCAGGAUUCCACGAAGUACCACCGAACAAACGAGAGGAACUCUUUGUGCAAAAGAUCGACCAGUGUAACAUCAUCUUCGACUUCAACGAUGCCAGUGGAGACAUGAAGUCAAAGGAGAUCAAACGCUUGGCGCUGCACGAACUGCUUGAUUACGUCGCCAACAACCGCCAGGUCAUUACCGAGAAAAUGUACCCCCUCGUAGUUCAGAUGUUCGCCAAGAACCUGUUCCGUCCUAUUCCCCCCCCGAUGAAUCCGCAGGGAGAAGCUUUUGACCCUGAAGAAGACGAGCCGGUCUUGGAAGUAGCAUGGCCGCAUAUCCAGGUUGUCUACGAGUUCUUCCUCCGCUUCAUUGAGAGUCAGGACUUCAACACAAACAUUGCCAAAGCCUACAUAGACCAUAGCUUUGUGCUCAACCUUCUUGAGCUAUUCGACUCUGAGGACCCAAGGGAACGCGACUUUCUGAAGACAACUCUCCAUCGAAUUUACGGUAAAUUCCUCAACCUUCGCUCAUACAUUCGGCGCUCCAUCAACAACGUCUUCUUCCAAUUCAUAUACGAGACCGAGAGGUUCAACGGCAUUGCUGAGCUCCUUGAAAUUCUUGGGUCGAUCAUUAACGGUUUCGCUCUGCCACUGAAAGAGGAGCACAAGCUAUUCCUGACUCGUGUGCUGAUUCCUCUGCACAAAGUCAAGAGUUUGAGCAUGUACCACCCGCAGCUAGCGUACUGUAUCGUUCAGUUCUUAGAAAAGGACGCCGCUCUGACAGAAGAGGUCGUACUUGGUCUUCUCCGCUACUGGCCAAAGGUGAACAGCACUAAAGAAGUCAUGUUCCUAAACGAAGUGGAAGAUAUCUUCGAAGUUAUGGAUCCGGCCGAAUUUGCGAAGGUGCAAGAACCGCUGUUUAACCAAUUGGCCAAGUCGGUGGCCAGCCCUCACUUUCAGGUCGCCGAACGCGCGCUGUACUUCUGGAACAACGAGUACUUCUGCAACCUCGUCAGCGACAACGUUGAAGUCAUUCUGCCCAUCAUGUUUGCUCCAUUGUACGAGAACUCGAAGGGCCACUGGAAUAGGACCAUUCAUGGUAUGGUGUAUAACGCCAUGAAGUUAUUCAUGGAAGUCAACCCUCAGCUGUUCGACGACUGUUCACACGACUAUGCCGAAUCCCAGAACAACGCAAGUCAAAGAAAACAGAGCAGGCAGGACCGCUGGGACAAGCUCGCCCAGCUUGCUGAAGCACGUCAGAACGGAACUGCUCCGCCGCACGACUCAGAUCCUCUCAGCCAAGGACGAUUGGAAAACCUUCGGCUGCAAGAUGACGGAGCUGCGAGAGAGAGGCGACCGAAGGAGUAUGAGCGACAGAGCAGCCAGACUUCGCGCCGGCAUCAUGUCGCUCAUGGCGGCCAUCACGCUCAUACUACUGGACGGCGGGCAUCUGUUGGCCGACCUCGCAGCAACAGCCAGUCCAGCGGUAGCACAACAUCGUCGCGCAACGGGGCGCCCCUUGUCCGUACAAAAUCUGGCAAUGCAAUCACGAAAGUCGUCUCGAAUUAG